AUGUUCAGCUUUGACGGAGAAUUUCGCCGUCGGCCCCAGCAAAAUCUUGGCGGAGCAUCACUGAAGACGGACCGGCUGACAACGAUCCGUAAGGCACAACAGGAGCGCCAAAAGCGUGAGGAAGCCAGACGUCAUCAAUGUGGUGCGAUCGUGAUACAAUCCGUCGUCCGAAGCUUCCUUCAACGCCAACACACAAAGCAACGAGAACGGGACAAAUUUGAUGAGUACCGCAAAGUAAACGGUGCCAUACGCAAUGGGGCGGAUCUGGAAUACUACUGUAAACGGAUUAUCUUUUUCUAUCAACACCGUUCCGCUCAGGAUGGAGAUAGAUUGAUUUUUCUCUGUCAGUAUAUGAUCAAGCAUCCCGCGGAAGUGUUUAGGUUGCUUGAUCAGGAUUCAAUCUGGACGUAUCGCAUCAAAAGGCUCCUUGGAUUAUGUUUGGGACAAAUUCUAGUACCAGAAUGUUCACCGACAAUACCGAUGCGCAUGCUGGAGAUCUAUUCCUCAAACACAUACAUCACGAAGCAUAUACCACCGCCCGGAACGGAUCGUCCGCAGUACAUCCACCAGUACCUGGUGUCCAUCUACAGUCAUCUCAUAGAGCGGCGCUAUUUCUGCGUUGUGCGACAACUGAUCGAAGAGAAAUUACCGGCGUUAGAUAUGGACACGACCACAUUGGCGAUUCCGAUUGCCGCUGCGCUGUUCGAAAUGCUUCUGCGCCCUUUGCAACUCAUCGAUCCGGAAGCACAAGACCUGCUAAGUAGGCAGAUACUGCAAUCCUUCACCUUCAAUGUGCUCUCUCCGCACCACCUGUCAGAUCAGGUGAAGCACUUUGUGUUGCCGGCGCUAGGCGAAAGGAAAGAUUUCCCAUACUGGACGUUGGUGCGCUGUAUCGCCGAUGAGUACCAGCGGCAUCUGGACUAUCGGAGCACGAUUCUGAUCGAUCUGACAGACGAUACGAUGGGAUCGACGGUGAGCAGUAUUGGAACGGGAGUGCGUAUGGGUGGAACACCGAAAAAGGCACGCAAGGAUCAGUCACAGGACGAGAGGCUACUACUAACCAGUUCACUGUUGUUCGCAUUUUUAAAGCUCGACCAACGGCACUUGGAUGAUACAUCAAAUUCAAAAGAGCACUUCAGUGCUUACCUCAAGGUGGUCGCCUCCAUGGUGGACAACUUUACCAAACUACCUCGGAAGACGAUUCGUUCAUCCAUCAACCGACCGCUGGACGAUUCGAGCGAUUCCGAUUCGGACGGAGAAGACGGACCGACACUGAGCCCGAGAGAAGCUGCAUUGCUGCACGCCAUCAUUGGCAUGCUCAAUGAACGGCGCCGUGUGUCGUAUAUCGUGCGAAUGAUUGAGACAAUGCUGGAUGAUCCAAUGGCGGCGCAGAAUCUGUGCCAAAUUUGCCACCAGCUGAUGACCUACAACCGGAUGGCGGUGUACGAGUACAAGCUGCUGUACAUGCUUGCUUCCAAGCCGUUAAUUAUCCGGGGACUUUGGUAUACGCUGACUGCACAUACGAUGGGUCCAAUGUUCAGCUCCCCUAUUGUGCGUCUCUCGAAGGGAAUCAAUAUUUCAAAGGAAGAUUCCGACCGUAUCAUUCCGAUAUUGGCAUCGUUCUGCGCACUGUUCGGUCGACUGAUAGCUUCAUUGCACGAUGGUGAAUUCGUGCAGGAAAAUGUACUGCCCGGCACGGUUAGUCACAUCAUGCCGUUCAGCAUACCGGAACUGAUACCGCUCAGUACAACGCUGAAGGAAAUUUCGCUCGGGCUCGUCGAGCUAGCGUUCCCCGAGACGAGAUCCAAUCUGCACGAAAACUACCGUACGAUGAUAUCUUCACUGAGUGCGGAAGCGCGUGGCUUCGGUGGCCACAACCAACGCUCGGAGCGUCAGCAAAUGAAUGAACAAAACCGCCAGAUAUGGCCCCAUCUGUUGAAGGUGUGUGUUUCGCUACUAAGGCAGAUACACACGCGCGACCUUCGCCGAUGCUUCUGCCCCGAGGGACACUGGACAGCACAGAACCUUAACCUUCCAUUGGACAAACCCGCCGAUUUACAUCUUUCUCGCGGUUCUCGCCGAGGUCCGCGACCUUUUCAACCGAUACGGGACUUUACGCGGGAAGAUAUUGAAGAUGGUCCACCACUUUCUACCAAGCAGAUCCGUUCGAUAACAAUCCUGCGCGAAAUACCGUUUGUGGUGCCGUUCAAUACGCGUGUCGGCGUGUUUCAAGGGCUGGUAUCGGCCGACAAACUGCGGACGCAGGGUGACUUGCAGGGAUUCUUACAAGGUCCCUCCAUUAAUAUUACCGUCCGGAGGUCCCAUCUGUACGGGGAUGCGUUCGAUAAGCUAAGUCCAACCAAUGAACCCGAUCUAAGGCCCAAGUUUCGUAUCGAAAUGGUCAACUCAGUGGGAUUGCGAGAGGCCGGCAUCGAUGGAGGUGGCGUUUUUCGGGAAUUUCUCUCCGAGCUAAUCAAAUUGGCGUUCGAUCCCCACCGUGGGUUCUUUAUGAUCACGAAGGAUAACAUGCUUUACCCGAACCCGUGCGUGGCGAAAAUUGUGGAAGACUUCCAGCGUCACUACUACUUCAUCGGACGCAUACUGGGGAAGGCGUUGUACGAAAACUUGCUAGUUGAGCUUCCGUUGGCCGAGUUUUUCUUAUCAAAACUUGCCGGCAAACAUUCGGACGUGGACGUUCACCAGUUGGCCUCACUGGAUCCGGUGUUGUAUAGAAAUUUAAUGUCUCUGAAGGCCUACGAAGGAGAUGUUGCUGAUUUAGGGUUAGAUUUUACUAUCGUCUGUGAUGCGUUAGGAGAAACAAAGGUAGAAGAAUUAAAACCGAACGGCGCUAAUAUCAUCGUGAACUCGUCGAACAGAAUCGAGUACAUUCAGCUGAUGGCAGACUUUAAGUUGAACCAGCAGAUCCGCGCGCAAUGCGCCGCAUUCCGUCAGGGAUUGGCUAACGUGCUCCCGAUCGAGUGGCUGUACAUGUUCAGCAACAAGGAGCUGCAGGUGCUCAUAUCGGGUGCUGAGAUUCCGGUUGAUGUUCACGACUUGCGGCAACAUACAAGCUACGGUGGUGACUUCUCAAUCGAGCACCAUACGAUCCAACUCUUCUGGAAAGUGGUGGAACAGUUCGACGACAUCCAGCGGCGUCUAUUGUUGAAGUUUGUUACGAGUUGCUCGAGACCACCUUUGCUAGGUUUCAAGGAUCUCGAUCCACCGUUUUGCAUACAGAACGCGGGUGAUACGGACCGGUUACCUUCGGCUAGUACGUGUAUGAACCUGCUAAAAUUACCAGCGUUCGAGGAAGAAGAUGUCCUGCGAGAGAAGCUGUUGUAUGCGAUACAAAGUGGUGCCGGGUUUGAGUUGAGUUAA